AUAUGAUGGAGUUCUACCGCUACGUGCCGAAAGAAUCGCCAGCUACGAAAGUGUUCCCUGUCGCUGAGAUCAAGGUUGAUGUGGCAGGCUCAGACGCAAACCGAGUGAUCCUGACAGAAGUAGACAGAACUUUGACAGGAGAAUACCAGUGCGAAGUGUCAGCUGACGCCCCGCUCUUCCAUACAGAUAUCAAAGCUGCCGAAAUGGUGGUAGUAGAGCCCCCACUAACAAGUCCAAAUGUGACGUCAGACCGCAUAGCCUACAUCGGCGGUGACCACAUACAGGCAAACUGCUCGUCACCACCGUCUUUACCUGCUGCCAACAUCACGUGGUACGUCAACGAGCAGAUGGUACCUGGCUUCACAGCUAACCACGUGCUGAACUUCAGCAAUGGCUACGCGUCCAGUCAAGCUACUCUAGAGUUAGAAGCAGCUGCACUUUCGCCCGUACCUACUCUUAUGAUUCGGUGUGAGGCGUCCAUAUUUGACGUAUGGAAGUCGACGAGUCAUACCAUAGUGCUUCGGGAGCGAAGUGCGAACCCCGCCUCGGCUUUAGGCCGAAGUUUCACAGGGGCAGCAGCAGAAACACGCCUACCUACAAUAAUGGUACUACUUCUUCAAUUCUCCCUUAAAAUAUUAUUAGGAAAAUACGUCGAGACCUCAAUAAGAUAGCUGGUUUAGUUUAACCCGGAUUUAGUUAGUGAUUGCAUUAAUGUAACUAAUGUAAAAGUAGUUCAUUCGAGUUACAAGCAAUGUCAUUUAAGGACAGAUCACAUUGGCGGCGUGAGCGUUGAAUAAUAAAAAAUAUGUGGGUGGAGUCCCUUCGCGCGGAAGAAGUGAAACUUCGCUAGAACAGAAAAAACAAUAAAAAUAAAAAUACAAUAAGUUUUGAAUUUGCCGGGGAUCGAACCUAGAAGUAUGGCUAGCUUGAGGGCAACAAUCUACCAUGAAUGCCACUGGCCCACCGUGGUAUAUACGUGUGCAAAUUUAAGUGUUAUGUGCUGCCAAUGUUCAAGAAGAUUGAAUUCAAGUAACACUGAGUGUUACGAGCUGUCAGUUGGAAGUCGCAUUAGAAGUUUCACUUCAAAAACGCGAGCAUCUGUGAAAUUAUUGGAGCCAUCCACGCACUUGUGACGCAGAGGAUGUGCCAUCUUUCAUAAUGGUUCUGUAUAGGAAUUAUAAAACGCAAAUGAAUGUUAAAGCACACGCUUCCAAUGUGUAGAGGGCCUUUAUUGUUAACUACGUAAUAACUGAGGGCCAAAGUUGCGUAGUUAUUGUAAAUCAAAUGUGUUCUGAUUUCUGAUUAUUAAUGCCAUGUUGUACGAGAUAAAAUGUGUUGUAUGAGAUAAAAUCAAAAAUGUAUUGUAAAAUAUUUGUAACAAAUGAAGAGCGCCGACAAUAGAAAUAGCGAACUAUGUAAACAAACCAUUUAAUGAAACAUCCAUAUACUAUUUUAUUGGUUUAGUUAGGAUCAUGCUGUGGUAAUAACUGAUUAUAACACCUUGUAUUUAGCCAGUAUUCUUUGAGUUGUAAUCAAAAUUACAGAUAUUUUAAAUACAAAGGUUUGUUACAUUUUCCGUUUAUUUUAUUGAUGGCGACUUUCAAUCAAAGCUGAUUCGGUGAACCAGAACAAUCCGGAUCUCUAGAAAACUCCUCGUUAUAAAUACAGUAAAUAUCAUGUAAUGUUUUAUUGGGUGUCCUGCCGUUUCGCCAAAAAACGUUUCGUCAAAUUUCAUUUCCCA